AAGAGGUGACUCAGUGCACCGAAGGCACCGUCAGCCCGGGUGCCUGGGUGGUCAAUUUGACGGGCAAUAUCCUGCAUUUACGGUCUGUCAAGUCCCCAGUGUUCAGUGGCCAGAUGGUCAUAAGGAAAGACGUCGGCUUCGGCGAUGUCGGGAUCACAAUUGCCGUCGCCAAGUGGGACAGCGUCGCCGGCUGGAGGGAGAACUUUUUCCGUAUUGACGGCGGUGAGUACUGCAACGUGCUGGCCACCAUCGGGCAGGGCGCCAUGGCAGAGGUUGCCCGCUACUCCAAGUGGCCCAAGAGCUGCCCCCAACCGAAAGACCGCGGUCUCUACAGAGCAUCAUGCUAGGCCCGGGCGCGCCGGUCCUAGUGCACGCCUAGUUGGCCCGCGAGCUCCCAGCAUGAGGAACGUGCCGCUCGCAGUGCUCCUCUGCGUCGUGCGCGCAGUGCUCGCCUUCACCACGCUGCGUUCCAAUUCGUACGCCGGCCCUUACAGGAUCUUGUUCAAAGAGGUGACUCAGUGCACCGAAGGCACCGUCAGCCCGGGUGCCUGGGUGCUCAACCUGACGGGCAAUAUCCUGCAUCCACGGUCUGUCAAGUCCCCAGUGUUCAAUGGCCAGAUGAUCAUGAGGAAAGACGUCGGCGUCGGCGAUGUCGGGAUCACAAUUGCCGUCGCCAAGUGGGACAGCGUCGCCGGCUGGAGGGAGAACUUUUUUCGUAUUGACGGCGGCGAGUGGUGCAACGUGGUGGCCACCAUCGGGCAGACUGCCUUUGAAGAGGUUUCCCGCCACUCCAUGUGGCCCAGAAGCUGCCCCCAGUCGAAAGGUACGUACUUUUUCCGUAAUCUCAGCACUGACAUGGUCCAACGCUGGGAACACUUUCCAGUCUUCCCCUACGGCCGAUUCAGAGGAGACCUUUUAUAUUAUGUGAUGAAAUCCAAGCAAACAAUAGUCGGAUGUUUCAGAGGUGUAACCGAGAUUGUUCCGAAAAUGAAGAGAAGUUGAUGAAAUAAAGUGUCCCAUCAAAAGGCACAUAAGGUCAUAAGUUGCCAAAAACCAAAUAAAAAA